AUUUCUCUUCGAUAUUCUCACUCGGUAUAUAUAAGUAUUAUUCAUUCAAACUUGAAUAAUAUUCAUACGUUUCCAAGUUUGCUAUUUGUAUUCUUUACACUCAGAUAUCUUUAAAUGUUAUGUGGUUGGAGUUGAUAGUGGAUCAUUCAGAAUCAGAGUUACUUCUACUCAGCUAUUCAAGCAUUGUUUGACAUUCUGUAGGACUAAGCAAACAUGGCAUUGUUUACUGUUCAAUGAUCAAACAAUACUAUCUCUGACAUCUACCCAUUUGGUUAAAUAACAAUAUUACAGUUGGGUUGCUUUUCAUUCUAAUAUUGUUCAAUUUUAUCUAAUUGUAGUAAUAUUUGAUUAUGGAAAGAAGUCGUAUAGCUUUAACGUUUUACGAUAUGGGUGUAGUGAAAUUCGGAAAGUAUCAAUUGAAAUCCGGUUUAAUCUCUCCAAUCUAUAUUGAUUUACGAAUUCUUAUUUCUUCACCUAAAUUUAUGGAUGAAAUUGCACAAUCACUUAUCGCUUUAUUGCCAAAUAAUGGAAUAGAUCUUAUAUGUGGUGUUCCAUAUGCCGCCUUACCAAUAGCAGCGUGUAUUUCUGUUCAGAAAAAUAUUCCAAUGGUGAUGUGUCGAAAAGAGGCAAAAUCUUAUGGAACUAAACAAAUCAUUGAAGGUAUAUGGAAGAAUGGACAAAAUUGUGUAAUAAUUGAAGAUGUCAUCACUUCUGGUAGUAGUGUUUGUUCAGUGGCUCAGCUUCUUCGACAGUCUGGUAUAUACACUGAACAUGCAAUUAUCAUAAUUGAUCGUGAACAAGGAGGACCUGCUUAUUUAAAAGAUCAAAAUAUUAGAAUUACAAGUUUAUUCACGUUAACUGAAUUAUUAGAGAUUUUACAUCAAGAAAAUCGUAUUACUAAAGAACAGUUUGAUGAAACUAUUUUAUUUAUUCAUAGUUCACCAAAACCUGAGAUCCCAUCUGAAUUGAAAUUUACAUGUUCUCAAUUGGAUCGAUUAAAUCAAAUUAUCCAAUCAAAACAAUCACGUUUAUGUGUAGCUAUGGAUAUUUUAGAUCCAAUUAAAUUACUUCAAUUAACCGAUGAAAUAGGGUCAGAAGUUUGUGCUAUCAAAUUGCAUUUAGAUAUUUUAUUGUCUAACACAAAUCCUGAAAUGAUUAUUAAAGGUCUAUGUAAUCUAUCUGUGAAACAUGGAUUUUUAAUUAUCGAGGAUAGGAAAUUGGCCGAUAUUGGUCAAACAGUAUACAAUCAAUUAUUGCACGGUGUUUAUAGGAUUGCUGAAUGGUGUGAUAUGAUUACAGUACAUUGUUUAUCUGGUCCCGGUUUAUUUGAUGCUUUUCGUAAAGUGAAUCAAAAGUUACUAGAAAAUGGGAAACAACAUCAAAUAGCAGCAUUAGUAGUGGCUGAAAUGAGCUGUCAAAUAUUGGAGAAGAUUUUGUAACUUAGGUGGAUGAUUUUGGUAGAGUUUCGUUCGUUGAGCUGGAUGGUUUAACAUCAGUCAAACUGAUCAGCAAGAACGAAUUUAAAUAUAAAAAAUAAUAAACAUAUCUUACCACAUAUCAAGGAUAUAUCAGAAAUCAAAUGAGUAUCUAAGCUGUUUGGAUUAAAUGUAGCACGUAAACCAAAAAGUCAUUUCAAUCAAUCCUAUGCAAACCAAAGGACGAAAUAACAAAAGAAAAGAAGCCAAAUACCAUUUACUUGACAAAUUGUUCCAACUGCGAGAAACAAAAUCGGACAAAGUAGAUACCCUCAUCGUCGUCUGUAUGAACAUCAACUAGCUGUCCAACUCCAUGCUGUAUUUUCGCUUAUGGUAAUGCAUGUGCAUAAUUAUGGACAUAAGUUCGACUGGAAAAAUGCAGAUGGCCAUAGGUUACAGGCAAACAACAACCAGCCAAGUUCAAGGUUGUCAAGACAAGCUGUCAGCUAUAUAUGGGCGAAUAAGAAUAAUUCACUUCUACCUGAAGGAGCUUUGACAACUGAAUCGUAUAAGGAUCAAUGCACUAGUUUGAUUAAAAUGAAUACUGAUAUCAUUGGCGGUUUUGUAGCCCAACAUCCUAUUUCAGGAAUCAAUAUUUGUUCGUCAAAUAUUUCAUAUUGGGUACCAGGUGUAAAACUUGUUAAUUCCAAUGAUGAUUUAGGCCAAAAUUACAAUACACCUGAACAAGUCAAGAAACGUUUUACAACUACAUCUUCAUUAUCUAUUAUAAUGAUUGUUGGUAGAGGAAUAACUGAAUCAGAGAAUAUUCGUCAAGAAGCUAUAAAUUAUCGUUUAGCGUCCAUUCAAUAAAUUCAAUGGGUAUAUACAUAUAUACAAUAUGGGUUUUGGUUAUUUUUCUAAUUACAACCAAUCAAAUUUCAAAACACAACAACAAGUUUUAAAUAUCACUCAAAUCGGUUCGAGAUUGUUUUUUUUCCUUUUCUAUGAGAUAUACAAUACAUACGUUUGGUGCUUUUGUAGUUGAGUUAAUAAUUCAUUUUCAGGGAACAUGGAUGAAUAGGGUAUUACAUUAUUUCAUUUUAGAUAAGGGUUUAAUUUUGCCGAUGAUACAAUCAAUGGUUUAAGAUAUUUCUUUUCUCUCUCGAGUAUACUGCGACAAUACAUUAUUACGAUAAUGAAACUAGUCAGAUUGUGUAGUGAACGAACACUCAGGUGGGGAAGAUCAGUUUAUUGUUUAAUGCACAAUCACACAGUGAUCUAGUCAAAUGUGGAAAUCACACAUCAAAUACAUCAUUUGCACAUCUUUGAAUUAUCUCUUACACGCUUCAUUCCUGUCAUCUUGAUUACUUUUCGUUUUCUUCUCCUCAUGUCAAACUUUCGCUCGCAGAGAUUCCAUUUCCGAACGAUGUUACAUACUACUUAUAUUAGAGUGAGGAGUAUUAGGUUUAGCAGUAAUAAAGAUAAAAUAUCACAUAUGUUAUGUGUUAGGCUGAAAAUUUUACGUGUCAGAAGUAAUUGGCGACAAGACUACCACUAAACUGACUAGAAGUUAUCCCUCACCUGACCCCUCAAGUGAACACAGUAAGAAAGAAAUCUAUACAACCCCGAGACCAACAAUACGACGAGUAAAAUUUCAAUGCAGUAAAAAAAUACUACAUAUAGAGCAUGAUAUAUAUACACCAAGUGCUAGAUGAGGUCGUCGAUGAUAAAUUUCGCUAAAUUCUAAAAGAAACUAUCGCCCCUCAAAAUGCAAAAGAGACUAAUAAGCAAACUUUUAGACCCAAUAAACAAGAAAUGGAUGUAAGAAAUUACUCAAAAAGAGUACAAGACAGGAAAGAAGUGAGGUAUUGCUGGUGAAAUUAGUCCACCGAACUAAACAAGACAGUCUGUUCAUAAAAACAGAGGUUAACAAAAAGAUUGCAAAAGACAUAAUAAAUUUCUUCCAGGGCAUAACGGCCAAAACAGUAGAAACUUUCCAAACGAAAUGAGAAAAAUCAGGCAUAUGUGAAUGUUAUAAACGUUCUAUUCAUUUUCAGCAAUCAACCCCUGAAUAAGAGCGAAACGAGUCAGCCUAUCGAUUGGUCUCUCAUGAAAGAUUACCAUCGAAAGGCUAUUUAGUGCUACCAAAUAUAAACUUAAAAAAAACAAAACGCAAGUCAUUGGUAUGUCUGACACUUCAAUAGACCAGAGCGAACCAAAUAAAUAUCAGUAUCAUAAAAAAAACACUCCAGAACUAGUCCACGAAAUAAUAAAACAAGUUACAGAAAAUUUUAUACCAAAGGACGACUACUGAGAAAAUUCAACCACAUCAGUUCACAUUGGGUAGAUGCGGAUGCAUUUAGUUUUAAAAUUUUUGUUGAGCCUAUCCUUGAAAUUUCUCGCAAUAGACAUGACUAGCUCAGGAAAAUUAUAAAGCAUUUUAUCCAAUCAGCAUUUGAUUAGAAGUUCUGCCAGAAAUAUCGCGAAAAUGUAAAGUCACAUGUAGAGGUUCUGAUUCACUGAUUACUACACUGCUACUAUGUUUAGUAGU